UCCCCCCUCCCCUGUCUCAAAUAUCCACAGUGUUAUCCCACGCCGCAGGUCGGCAAGCAAAAUAGUUCAUUUUAAUUCUACUAACAGGUGUCAGAGACCCGGGACAGAGAUGGCUGGCACGACGGGACCGAAGCGGCAGGACACCCGGAAAUUUUUCGAGAAUCUUUCUGGCGCUGGUAAAUCUAUUGCGGUGUUGACCAGCGGAGGAGAUGCUCAAGGUAUGAAUGCAGCUGUCCGGGCUGUCGUCCGAAUGGGCAUCUAUGUGGGCGCUAAAGUCUACUUCAUCCAUGAGGGGUACCAGGGUAUGGUGGAUGGUGGUGAUAACAUCAAGGAGGCAUCGUGGGAAAGUGUCUCCAGCAUGCUACAAGUGGGUGGAACAGUCAUUGGCAGCGCCCGCUGUAAAGAGUUUCGGACCCAUGAGGGACGUUUGAAAGCUGCUCACAACCUUGUGCAGCACAGCAUCACCAACCUGUGCGUGAUUGGUGGAGAUGGCAGCCUGACUGGAGCCAACCUAUUCAGGGAAGAGUGGAGCGGGCUGUUGAAUGAGCUCCUUGAGCAAGGUCUCAUUGACGAGGAGGCAGCUCGCAGUAACUCUGAGCUCCACAUUGUCGGCAUGGUCGGCUCAAUCGACAAUGACUUCUGUGGCACAGACAUGACCAUUGGCACCGAUUCAGCCCUGCAUCGGAUCAUUGAGGUGGUGGACGCCAUCAUGACCACUGCUCAGAGCCACCAGAGGACGUUUGUGCUGGAGGUCAUGGGCAGGCACUGCGGGUACCUGGCUCUGGUCAGUGCCCUGGCAUGUGGAGCAGACUGGGUUUUUAUCCCAGAAAUGCCUCCUGAAGAUGGCUGGGAAGACACCAUGUGCCAGAAACUGUCAGAGAGUCGAUCUCGAGGUUCCAGAUUGAACAUUAUCAUAGUUGCUGAAGGAGCCAUUGACCGAAACGGACGACACAUUUCUUCUGAUUUUGUAAAGGAUCUGGUAGUGCGCUGCCUGGGUUUUGACACCAGGGUCACCAUUUUGGGCCAUGUGCAGAGAGGUGGAACCCCCUCUGCCUUUGACAGGAUCCUAGCUAGUCGUAUGGGCGUGGAGGCAGUGCUGGCAUUACUGGAGGCGUCAGCCAACACCCCAGCCUGUGUCGUGUCUCUAGUUGGCAACCAGGCUGUUCGACUUCCACUUAUGGAGUGUGUUCAGAUGACCCAGGAGGUACAAAAGGCCAUGGAUGAGAAGAAAUUUGAUGAGGCAGUCCGACUUCGUGGCAGGAGCUUUGAGAACAAUCUGACCACCUACAGACUGCUCUCCUACCGCAAAGCAGAUUCCGAACUACCAAAUAGUACCUUUAACGUGGCGGUGAUGAACGUCGGUGCUCCGGCUGCAGGCAUGAAUGCGGCCGUACGUUCUGCCGUGAGGGUGGGAAUCACCGAAGGCCACAAAAUGUUUGCUGUCAACGACGGCUUCGAGGGAUUCUACAAAGGGCAGAUCAAAGAGAUCAAAUGGGGAGAUGUUGGUGGCUGGACCGGUCAGGGAGGGUCUCUGCUGGGGACAAAAAGGACUCUUCCAGGAAAACAUCUGGAUAAGAUUGCAGAGCAGAUAAGGAUCCACAACAUCAACGCUCUGCUCGUAAUAGGAGGAUUUGAGGCCUUUGAGUCCCUGCUGCAGCUGUACGAGGCCCGGGCCAACUAUGAGGAGUUUUGCAUCCCGAUGUGCAUGCUGCCUGCCACCAUUAGUAACAAUGUGCCCGGCACCGACCACAGUAUCGGAGCCGACACGUCACUCAACGCCAUCGUGGAGACAUGUGACCGUAUCAAGCAGUCAGCCAGUGGGACCAAGCGGCGGGUCUUCAUCAUCGAGACCAUGGGGGGCUACUGCGGCUACCUGGCCACCGUGGGCGGUCUGGCUGCAGGUGCCGACACCGUCUACAUCUACGAGGAGCCGUUUGACAUCCGAGACCUGCAGGCUAACGUUGAGCAUCUGACGCAGAAGAUGAAGACCAGCAUCCAGAGAGGCUUGGUGCUCCGAAAUGAGAACUGCAAUGAGAACUUCACCACUGACUUCAUCUACCAGCUGUACUCUGAGGAGGGCCGAGGUGUGUUCGACUGCAGGAAGAACAUCCUGGGUCACAUGCAGCAGGGAGGCGCUCCGUCUCCUUUUGAUAGAAACUUUGGCACCAAAGUUGCAGCUAAAGCCAUCCAGUGGAUCACACGGACGCUCAAGGAGUCCUACAAAGGAGGAAGAGUGUUUGCCAACUCCGAGGAGACCGCGUGCCUGUUGGGGAUGCGUCGCAGAGCUAUGGUCUUUCAGCCUGUGUCACAGCUUCGUGAGGAAACUGACUUUGUCCACAGGAUCCCGAAGGAACAGUGGUGGCUGAAACUCCGUCCUCUGAUGAAAAUCCUAGCCAAGUACAAGACGAGCUACGACGUUUCUGACUCCGGCCAGCUGGAACACGUUAGCAGGAUCCGACCCAAAGAGAACGAUGCCUCUGCUGCAAUCUGAACCACUGCACUGCCUCCAGCAGGAGAGCUUCACCGUCACAAGAAACAGGCUUCACAAAUCGGUGACAGAUGCACCCACAAUGACUGAUUGUCUGCUGAUUGACUGCAAAUAAGUUAAAGGUAGAUUUUAAAAGAUAGUAGGUAUAUAUAAAAAUGAUAUAUUUGGUUUGUGGUAUUUCAGAGGGUACACACUAUAAUUUAGCUUUGAUAAAAUUUGAUGGUGGUCAUUUGGAAAGAGCUCUAUGCUAACAUAGUAUUUUCUAGAUCCCCAAAGUUAUAUCUCAGUAUAUAUGCACUAAACAUAAUGUACCUUAUUUUAGUUCUAGUCCCCCCAAAAACGUAGCUAAAUAUAACUAUUUUUAAAAAACGAAAGACUCAACGCUGAGCAAACAUCUGUGUUGCGUGAGCACAGCACUGCUAAGGUGGUGAUGUGUUUAAAGUCUAGCUUUUAUCGUGUUUUCUACCGCACUUUGAGCCCCAUAGUUAUUGUCAUUUCCUAAAGCUGCUUAUAAAUAGGGAAUCUAUGCCAGGAGGAUCACAAGCUGUCUCCAGACUGUCCACAUCUCCAUUGUAAAAUUCUGAAAACCUGAAAGAAUACGUGUAGCGAGGCUUCAGGAUGAGCUGGUCAUGUGUGUACUGUAUAUUGCUGUCUGUAUGUGUGUGUUGUGUUGUUGCCUUUGCUGAUGUCUCCACCCUGGGCUUUCUACGUGGCACCUUAUAGUGUUUUUUGUGAUUAGGGUCCUGCUGAGUGUUGCUGUAGCUGGGCAGUAAAGUGGAAAAUGUCUGAAACUGCACAGUGUUAACGUAACGUGAUGUGAGUGUUCUGUCACAGAGUAAAUAAAGCAUUUAUUGUGUGGAA